UAUGAACUCACAAACAUUGUCUGCCCCUUUGCAAAGUUAUUACUUGGUCAUAGGAAAUUUGUAUUCGAAGCUGGCCAAAUUCAUGCUUUCUGAUUUGCGGAAUGCAAGCAAAAUGAGCUCCAGUGUUAAGGAUCUCUCCGCAUUGAGUGCAAGAGCAUCAGCUCGGACUUGGGCGAAUCAUGUAGUUUCCAGUGGAUGGUGUGUGGCCGUAAGGCUUGCGUGUUAGAAACCAUGGGAGAAAACAUUGAGUCCUCUGUCGAAGAUGAGGACAGUGAAAAGGAGGAGGAAGAAGAGGAUCUGGCUGAGGAACCUGCCUUGGGCGAGUCUGAUUUCGACGUGAUGGAUGACUCAACCAAGUCCGGGGAUGGGCCCGUGGCCGAGAGCACCGGUUCUGAAGUGAGCUCUACGUGCUCUGAUGCGGCAAGUGAUGCCAAUGAGCAUCCUCGCAAGAAACGCAAAGACAUUUGGAAAUAUCGGAGGCGAAAGGGCCUCCCCCCUCGCCUACAAGAUAUCCGUAAGACCACCAUUCCCAAUAAUAACCUGCAGAAGACUGCGGAUGUCAGUGGGGAGAGCUCUGGCGGAGAGUCUGAAACAAUUAUUGAAGGGUUACUUAGUGAGAGUGAUGUGGACUCUGAAGAGGAGUUCACCGAAUCGGAAUCGGAAUCCGAAACCGAAUCUGAUUCAUCAACUUCCGAAGAAGCAGAUAGAAGGCCACCAGUUAGAGAGAGCAAGCUGAAAGCUUUAAAAUCUCUCACCGAUACUGACCAAUUGGAGAGUGACGAUGAGCCAGGCAAUCAGGACCUAGCAAAGGAAGCAGAUGAUGAGGGCGGAAAAGCCUCAUCCCAAGGAGAGGAAGUUCAUGUAGAUGAGCAAAAAUGUGCAAGUGACCCCGUUCCAUUAGAUUCUGAUGAGGAACCUCUGGCUGUGAUCAAGGCUAGGAUUAAAGUGAAGAAGAUUCCGGUGGUUAAGGACAAUCUGAAAGGAACCACGUCGCCGGAGAAGAAGAGUGCUGAAAAUCCUGAAGAAAAGUUGAACAAAGUCUUUCAAGAAUCUCCAGAUCCAACUCCGGAUCAGAUAACUACUCUUAUGAAUGAAAUCACUUGGGAAGAGGAUCGUAUCAAAGCUUGGUUUGAGGAUAGAAGGGUGAAAGUAGUCAAGGUGAGGAAGUCGCGAAGCCCAAAGAAAAGUCUCAAAAUGCAGGAAGUCGAGCAAAGUAAGAAGAACCCACCGCCAGCUCGAAGACCGUCCAGGGACAACAAGCCAGUGAAGUCAAACUCAGCGCCCCACAAAGAAAGAAGCACAAAGUCCAAACGGUAUCACAGUCCAGCAACAAUUCAAGUGCUUAGCACCUUCUACGAAACGGUCUCGCCCUAUCCAUCCAAAGACGACUUUCAGGAUCUUUAUGAGGAAACUGGGGUGGAACCACGGCGGAUUCUGAACUAUUUUUCACAUCGGAGAAGAACCGAAAAGCAUAAAGGAACUUUCAUUGAGCAACCAAAGCGGAGGUCAUCCCAGAAGAAAACUCAAAAAACCUCUAAAUCGGCGAGAGAUGAGGAGGCUAAAGAGAUCGUUGCCACGCCUAAGGAAGAGGAGCUGGUGCCUGAAGUCAAGCCGGAAAUUGCUCCCGAUGCUUCAAAUGCUACUAAUGAUGCCCAAGAGAGUGGAUGUAUCGGCCUGGGCCACGAGAAAUGUCUAUUGUGCCCGGAUUACUCAGCUAAAAGCAGAGACACCAUGUAUCGUCAUUUCCGGCUCAGACAUAAGGUGCAUCCUCGAUUCUGUAAACGGUGUAAAUUGGUCUUCACCAAGGCCUCCUAUGAGACUCAUUCCUGUAAGAUCUCUUCUGGCAUUCCUUCCAAGACUCAGCCCAAACCAAUUCCAUGCGAGGAGACGCCGAAGCAAAAGCCGAAACCCAAGUCACAGUUGAAGCUAAAAAAGAAAUCUCCCACGAAGAAAGAGCUCAACUCUCCCACCAUAUUUUUCUCGCGACGUUACGGUCAAUUGCUGAAGAAGCUGGGAGCCAAACCUGGCAAAAAUCAAUGUCUGCAACAGACUGUUGCUCAAAGUAGAUUCCAUCGAAAUGGAAAACUCGAAGUGUGUCUAGUCACGCCCGAGCAAUUUCAGGCAGUCCAGGACUUUUGCUUGGGAGAAAAAGGCAACUUGAGGCCCACUCCUUUGCCAAUUUGCUGUGAAUGCCUUGGAACCGAGACAGGCAAUCCCAAUGGAGAGCAUGAGUCUCUGAUCUCUUGUCACGGCUGUGGAACGUCUGUACAUCCAUCCUGUCGGGUGUACAGUAACGAUUUGGUUCUACACUUCCAAGAGAAUGGUUGGGUCUGUGAUGAAUGCAAAAAUUGCCUGGUUUGCGGGCUCACGCAGAAAGAGGAGGAUCUCAUCAUUUGCGAGUACUGUGAUCAAGGAGUCCACUACUCAUGCUUGGACCCUAAACCAGAGAAGCGUCCCAAAGUGUGGGACUGCGAUGAUUGUCUGAUAGCAAGGGGAAAACGACCAAAUAAUAACGUCAAGAAGAGGAAGGAUGUGGAUGGAGUGAACAUCCGACCAACCCUCUCCGCCAGUCUCACCACCUUGCUUGGUGUCAACACCGACCCAAUGCCGACCAAAGUGAAAGAGGAGACCAUGUUGUCUUCUCCAGGAUCCCUGAUGCUGGGACACAGCAACGGUCUCACGGACGAGGAGCUAACCAAGAUCCGUCUGAUUGAGGGUGCUGCCGCCAAGACCGCUCUGAAGGGUACCCUUAAGAGUAGUUCCAAAGUGGACAGAGAAAAGGCCAAAUUCUUCAAACAAAGCAUGUAUAACAAGCUUAAUAAUGGCUCUAGCAAUAGCGGUGGUAACAACAGCACCAACGGUUUGAGUCGAUUCUCGCCUGAUCAUCCAGAAAUUGGCGGAAUCCGGAACAAGACUACUGGCUCUUCCAAGAAACAGUCCAAAGAAAAGUUGCCCAAAGACAAAGCCACGCCUCCUCCGUCACACCCACCCCCAAAUCUGAGGGUAGAGCCGUCAAGUGAUAACCUGACCUCAACUGAGUGCGAUGAGAGUCAAUCCGAGGAGGAGGAACAACGGCAGCAACACAAAACUUUACCCCUGGAAGGUGAGCAGCCUCCAUCCCCAGCGGUGAAUGAUAAGCCCCCUACAGCCAAGAAGGGUAGGCCCCGGAAGAAUUCUCUGGGACUACCUCCCCGAAGAAGGUCCACUCGCAACUCUGACGUGACCACCGACACUAACACUGACCAAGAGGAGGUCCUACCCUCCAAGGACAUGACCCUCGUCAAGGACAUUCCCGAAGAGGUUCUAUACGACCCUAAUUCCUUAGAGAACAAACCUAAAGGUCUAGUGGAUAGUCUGUCCAAAUAUUUCACGCCAGGGAUCAAGCGAACCUCCCGAACCGCCCUGAAUUCUCUCAUCAAGCCCCACGUGGAAUCGUCUCACUCUAAAAGUGAAUCCAAGCUCCUCCACAAGAGGAAACUGAAAUCAGAAUCCGAUGACAAAGGGCUCAGCUGUUCGUCCGGCGGCGAGACCGAGAAGUCCGAAACUGGGCGAAAGCGUAAAAUCCGCCGAUCAUCGACCGCCAGCAAGUCUACCCACAAGAGUAACCAAAGCGACGGCGAGACCGCUCCGGAACGCAAACGACACACUUCUGCCGGUCAGAGCCAGGUCAGAUCGCUCUAUGACGGGCUAAGCCAUUUGUACACGGACUGUGAUUCCCGCCUACGACACGUACCUUCCACGAACUACGCUGAGAAGCGCCGCAAGCAACUGGGAGAGGAAGGCAUGGAGAGUGAUUCUCACGUGAGCGACCGCGUCCGAAGUCCGGAUGUGUCCUCGUUGUCAGGGAUGAAGAGCCCUCCUCGGAUGGCCAGCCCACUACGUUUGUCAGAUGGCGAGAGGCCCAAAAGCGGCCUCGAGGAUCCACUCCUAGCCGCAUUGUCCGACGAUAAUGACAGCGGGUCCAAAGUGGUGGCGGACAUUGGGAUCUCCGACAAGGAUUCGGCCCAAAUCAACCAAAAAGGCAAGAAGAAAAAAGGUUCAUUGGGCGGAGCAGACGAUGGGGGCGGGGCACUACAACUUCCCAGUGGUGUGACUGAGCGGGAUGUGGCCUUAUUCACGAAAUCGCAAGGCAAAGCCAAGCGAUUUCUGGAAAAGGAACAAAACGCCUCCCUCACCCAAGACAUCUCCACCCACAAAACGGGCGGUCCCGAACAUGGUGUGCCUUCCCAGGUGUCUGUGCCGCACCUGAGCUCAUCGUCACCAGGCUCGUCUGCGCGAUCCCCGUUGUCCAUUCAGUUCGGCAAGUUCGAGAUCAGCACGUGGUACUCUUCCCCUUACCCGCACGAAUACGCCCGUCUCCCCAAGUUGUACUUGUGCGAGUUCUGUCUCAAGUACAUGAAGUCGCGUCCGAUCUUGGAGCGGCAUGUGCGGAAGUGUCAGUGGCGUCAUCCCCCGGGAACGGAGAUCUACCGCAAAGACCACUUGUCCGUGUUUGAGGUGGAUGGAAACACCAAUAAGAUCUAUUGUCAGAACCUGUGUCUGUUGGUCAAGUUGUUCCUGGACCACAAGACGCUCUACUACGAUGUCGAGCCGUUCCUGUUCUACAUCCUGACCAAGAACGACGAGAAGGGCUGUCAUUUGGUGGGCUAUUUCUCCAAGGAGAAGCACUGCGCUCAAAAAUACAACGUCAGCUGCAUCAUGACCCUUCCCAAUUAUCAGCGCCGAGGCUACGGACGACUCCUCAUCGACUUUAGUUACCUGUUAUCCAAGGCUGAGAAGCAAGCGGGCACGCCGGAAAAGCCUCUGUCUGACUUGGGCCGCGUGUCCUAUCAUUCCUACUGGAAAUCUGUGAUCCUCGAAUACCUCCACGCUCACCGUAAGAUGAGCGAGAUCUCUGUCCAAGGCAUCCACGCCGAAACGAGUCUCCAUCCGCACGACAUCGUGCUCACCUUCAUGCUCCUCGGGUUCAUCCGCAAGAGUGUGGACAACCAGUUCAUCCUCACCAUGGAUUGGUCCAAAGUCGACCAACACAUGGACCGACUCAAGCAGGCCUUGGACAGGGGCACCCGGGUCAAUCUUGAUGCGGACGCGCUCCGGUGGACGCCCAUUAUCAGCGGACAAGAUCUCUAUCGGAGUCCGUUCAAGAGCUUCGGGGGACCCUCGUCGCCUAUCAAGAGUCCGGACAAUAAGCGACGGAAAAGGCUCUCCAUGAGCCGUGAUCUCAGUACGGAUACGGACUCGGACCACGGCCAAGACGACGUGGAGGAGAAGAAGCCCAAUAAUAACAGCGUCCAAUCAUCAUCAUCAUCAUCAUCAUCGUCGUCAACAUCGCAGCUGCAACAGCAGGUGAAGAAGAAGCCGCGCAAGACGACUUCAACCAAUAAAUCAACUAGUCAUUCGGGGGAAUAUAAAGGGCAGGCUGGUGGGGCGUUACUCAACAUCAUAUCUCGGAAACGCAAUAACAAGAAACAGCAUCUGAAGCACUCUCUAACACCCAAAGAGGAAAAAGAUGCUGUGGGAUCGCCGACGAUCACCAAUCACGGCAGUUCAUCCAAGAAGAUCCUCAACAAAAGUUCCGAAACGGACAAUGAGGAUGCUGACGUAGAGGAUGAGCUGGACGAGGUGGAACAUCAUCAAGAACAACAACAACAACAACAUCAACAACAACAACAUCAACAACAACAACCAAGUAACCACCGUGUGGUGACCGCUUCCGCGAUCUCCAAGAACCCCAAUCACAAAACGAAUACUAACGACUUGAAGUUGAAGCGUAUGAUGCGCAAGACCAAUAACUACCAUAAUAACACUCAUCAUCAUCAUCAUCACCACCAACAACAACAACAACAACAAAAUCAACAACAACAACAACUGAACCACUCCCAACGGACAUUGAAUCAAGAGGAUACGGCCAUUCUAAUGGAGGAAACCCGCAAGUUCCGACGAGCUGCCGCUAAUCGUGCCAGUGAUCGAAUCAGUAAGGAUCUCCAACAGAGGUCACUCUCAGAGGAAGAGAUCACCAAGGAGGAACCCGAGAAGGAGCCCGAGCCCGAGGCUGAGAAGGAGAACAUUGUUGUGGCUCAAGCACCCAAGGAAAAGGACAAAGAAAAGGAACGGAAACCCCUGUCUUGGCCUGAGCAAUUGGCCAGGAUCAAGGCCAGGAGUGCUCCCAGUCGAGGAUCGGAAGACUCCGUGGAUUCAGUGGACCUACCCAUGGAGUCACCAGUCAGGAAGAAACAGAAGGUCAAUCCUGCGGAGCCAGAAGAAGAAAAAGUGUCUCCUAAAAGAGCCAAGAAGCUGGAGGACGGGAAAAAGUCGAAGAUCAAGAAAAGGGAAUCCAAUUCUGAAGAGCUCCCCCCACUCCUGGAACCGCAGGUUAUCAUUCCGUCAAUCAAAAAGAAGACCAGUUCUGAAAAGACUCAAUCAUCCGACAAAGACCCAACAUCCACAUCCUCUCCUUCGUCGUCUUCAUGGCUCAAAGGUCUCCAAGAGCGACAAAGCAAUGGAAAGAAGGCCAAGGUUUCGUCUUCGUCAUCUUCCACAUCUUCUACUCAUGUGGCCAUUACAACGCCCCCAAGCGUUUCGAAAGGUCAAUUGGUUACUCCGAAAUUGAGUAAAGAGCCAUCGAACACGAGUAAAUCUGCAACCACAAAAGAGAAAGAGAGGGUCAAACAAAUGAGUAUUAUGGCGUAUGUUAAAAAGAAAAAGGAAGACUCCCUGAAGGCUGCUGUGGAAUCGGGCGGCGAAACGGGUGAGGAUCAAGUGCCGGAUGCUGAGCGAGUCAUCAACUCAGAGGCCACUUUCAAUGCCAAUAAAAACUACCUGAAAGCGUUUGAAACUUUUGUGGAAAAAGAUGACGAGCCGGACUCACCGAUGACCAGCAAGCCUCAGCAUGUCAAUGAAGAGAAGAAGGAAGGUAAAAUCAAGAAGAAGAAAGAACCCACCUCGGUUCUGACUGAAGAUGUUCCAGAUGGGAAACCAGAAGGGAAAAGGGAAGGGAAAACAAAGAGGAAGGAAUCUGUCAACAAGCAAGACAUUAAGGAUGACAAGAAGGACUCCAAGCUCAAGAGGAAAGAUUCUUUGAAGGACGAGAAAAAGGAUGUCAAAAUCAAGAAAAAGGACGAUGGAGAGGACCCAAAACCAAAGAGAAAAGAUUCCAUCAAGGAAGACAAGAAGAGUGAGUCCGUCGAUGGUGGUGUUGAGGAAAUCAAAUUGACUGAAGUCAAGCGACCUGUAGAUGAAAAUGAUGAACCGUCCAAUACGAACGAGGUAACCGAGUCCAAUGAGGAACAUCUUCCAAGUAAGACUGAAAAGAAGAAGAUUCUCCCUGAAGAGCCUGAAGCCAAACAGGAAAAGGAGAAAGAAAGUCCUGAUCCAAAGAAGGCCUAUAUCCGAAGGCAAGCUGAGCAAGAAGAGCUGGAGAAGCAGAAGCAGGUUGAAGAAACUCCAACUCCCAAGGCCAAAGCACCAGUUGAGGAGGCUCCUGUGGCCAAGAAACAAAAGGUCAGUGUUGAAGAUGCAAAAGAGGCUGUGAAUGGCGCUGAACCCAGAGGAGAGAAGGACACGGAAUUGUUCGAGAACAUGGGUUAUGUGUCUGGAGACGACGCGAGCAAUUACUCCGAUGACCAUUUCUCCAAAAGUGAUGUCCAUGACAAGCCUUUACCGGCUCCCAAGCCGGUGAUGAAGGAUGAAGAAGAUCCACCAACCAGUCCUUCAGCGGCAGCUAAUAAGAGCCCACCUGUUGUGUUGUUGUCUCGAAAUGUGGCGGAGAUUGUCCCCGUGGACGAGGAACCCACACCUCCUAAAGCGACAACCGUGGUGGAAACAGCCCAAGCCGUAAACAAAGUCCCCAUUGAAACGGAGAGUAAGAUUGAGCAAGACAAGGCUGUAUUUAGUCCCUCUGUUCAAGACGAGAUCAACGCCCUGAAGAGUGUGGGACAUGAAAAUCCGCCUGUUCAAGCUCCAGAGAGCAUGGAUACCUCAGGGUCCAUGAUUCUGACAAGCUACAAUCCUCAGCAAGAUUGCAGCAAGACGGCGGAUGCCUCUGCCAAUCUGUUUGAGUUGAGCAACAAGGCCCCAGGGUCGCAAGAGAUGGGUCCAUCUUUGGGAGUGUACACCCCGGAUAGCGCAACCAAUUCCGUCCAUUCCAUUCACGGGAGUUACAGUAACUCCAACGAUUUGCCAGACGGGUCUGUUCACAACGUCAUGGAAUCGCCCAACUCAAUUUCAAGUGUUGAUAUGAACAGCCAGCACGGGAACACUAUGGACGGCAGUGCAUCUCAGCAAUCCCUUCCACAACAGCAACAACAACAACAGCAACAACAAAUGGCACCACAACACAUGAGCCAAAGCACCCAUUCCACACCCCAACAUCAGACCAACUACGAUCAAAGUGGAAGUCACAUGGGACACAUGGUGUCUGUUGCUGCAGCCGCAGCUCAGUCUCCCCAUCACCCUCCAAGUAUUCCCAGUCAGUCCCCCCAUAGCCAACACAUGACCUCGCCACAUCCUCAGCCUAGUCCACAUGCUGGCAGCCAGCAGACUAGUCCUCACCCAAUGAGCAUAACACCGGGAGCAAAUUCCCCUUAUGCUGCAGUGCCACAACCCAGUCCGCAACCUGGCACCCCGGCACCUACUCCCAACCCUAGCAGUAGCCUGGGGCCCAACAACGCCCCACGUCAAGCCACCCGAAGUCCAGCUCAUCCACCAUCCUCCGCACAUGCCAAUUUGCAACAAUCUGCGGCGGCCACUCAACAUCUACAGAACAUGUCCAGGUUCUAUGGUAACUACCCUAUGCAUCAUCCCGCUAUGGGGAUGCAUCAAUCAGGACACUUGAACCACCAUGGCAACUUCCAGGGGAUGCCCCCCAUGUUCCCUCAUGCAGGCAUGUUCCACGGAGCUUCAGCAGCCGCCAACAUGGGAUUGGCAGCCAUGCAGCAUCAACAGCAACAGCCUCAACCCCAACAGACUGGGGGCUGCCCUUCAAGUGGGUCAGUGUCCUCUCAGAAAAGAACAGACCAUGUGUCUUCACAACGUAGUGCUGCAACGGCGUCUCCAUCCACAGCCCCCAACAGUUACUACGCUGCCAACCACACUCCUGCUGCCCCUUCAAGUGGACCUACAGCGGGUUCCAAUCAGACUCGAGGAGGUCAAGCCGGUUCCUUAGCCAAGCUACAACAGCUCACCAAUGGACUUGACCUACCUGGGCUGACCGGCGCGGUGCCACAUCUCCAGCCUCCAUCAGCCUCAGGAUCGUCUCGAAGUUCGGCCAAACAGCCUCGUAUUACACUACCUGCGGCUUCUGCUUAUCCACCGUACCCAGGACCCCCAUCCCAUCCCCAUGCGGCUGCGGCGAGAACAGCGGCACAUCACCAUAGUAGACAGAAUCCAGCCGCCAAUCUAAUGCAGUCGUACAGCCAGAAUCACAUGCUGAACUCGUAUGCUCAAGCGCAGUAUAAUUUGAUGCAGCAGUUUCCCAUGAACAUGAACAUGUAUCACCAUCAUGCAGCUGCCGCCGAGCACCAACGGACCUCUGCGGGUACACCACAUCCUGGUGCUGCGGGCACGGGUCAGAAUCCGGGACCGCACCAUCAUCACCACAUGUAUCCAAGCUACCCAGGGUACUUGAACUAUCGGUGAAACCAGCGACAACUUUUAGUGACUUAGUACAAAUUACAAUAUCUUUUGAUAAGACCCCCGAACCCCCUCCCCCCAUUCCCCCACCCAUGCUCGUUGAAGAAUAUUCACGAGUUAUUUGCAACUGUUUGAAUUCUGAUUUCUGUUUGUCACUCGCCCAUUUUUCCCCCAAACUCCAAGCCAAACACUCCCCUGAGCAUUUAAAUGAUUUGUUGUCCAUUUUCCUUUGUCGGGAGUUAAUAAAACACUUAAUAUCGUAAAUAAUGUAGUUUUA